CAAAUAUUCAAUUUCUUCAAAAUAUUGGUUUUCAAAGAUAUCUGAAUUUAUUUCAAACAUAUAUAAAAACUAUUAAAGUAUUUCAAAAAGAAACUACUCUAAAUAAUGCAUUAAAACAUAAAGCUAAUGAGCUAAAUAAUAAAAUAUUAAAUGAAAAUCAAUCAUUCGUAAAAGGUAUUAUAUUAGAACAACAAGACAAAUUACUUACACCAGAUUGUACACAAGCAUUAAUAGUAAAAUACAACAAGUCAGUACAAAAAAUUUAUCAAAUGUCAAAAACUAUUAAUCAGUUAAAAUUAAAAAUUUUAACACUUACUAUGAAAGACCAAAAAUCAGAAUCAAAUUCUAAAGAGCAACUAGAUGAAAUCGUAGAAGAAGUUAUUAAAAAUGCAGAAAUUGGAUUGGCAAUUUUA